UUUAAUAAAUUCUUCAAACCUCAUUCUUCUCUCUCUCUCUCUCUCUCUCCUAUUAGUCCCCAUACGCCCAAUCUCUCUCACUCUUUCUCAUCACCCAUUUCCUUAAUCAAUCAUCAUUUUCCUUCUGUAAAAACCAAAGCCAAAGAAGCCCCACAAAUGUAAAACCGCUAUCCUCCAACAGUCCUUUCAAGAAAACCAUUAGAUUCCCAUAAAUAAAGGGCUUAAUGUUCCAUAUUCCUUCAUUCCCACCAUUUUUUCCUCAUUUCUUCUUUUCUCCAUUUCCACAACCCAAAAAAAUAAAUCAAAUCUUUCACAAAGAUGGGUGGAAAAAAGGAGGAAAUUUUUAAACUCUAACACUUAGUUUUUUUUUUCAAUAAAAUCCAAGAAAGUUGCUUAUUUUGCCUUGAAAACAAGAGAUACCCAAAUUGGGGUAUGCUCAAAUCUCCAAGAUUUCCCUAGAAUAUAUGUCCCAAAUGAAGCACAUUGACAAUAUCCCAUCAACUCCUGGAAAGUUCAAGGAAAAAUCCCCUUACAAUAGGCUAAGGCUCCAUUUUUCUUUAACCAAGCUCACAUUUUGGUCAUUUGUGUUCUUGGGGUUGAUCUUUGUAUUCUUUUUCAGAUCACCAUCUUCUUCUUCUUCAUCCCCUGCAGCUUCAGAUCUCUCAAGAAGAUCUCUGAGAACCAACUCUUAUGAUGGUCCAGCUUGGGAGAAAAGGAUUAAAGCCUCAGCUAAAGUCAGGUCACAUUCUGGUAUUUCGGUUUUGGUAACUGGUGCUGCUGGUUUUGUUGGGACACAUGUCUCGGCUGCCUUAAAACGUCGCGGUGAUGGCGUUGUAGGGUUGGAUAAUUUCAAUGAUUAUUAUGAUCCAACCCUGAAAAGAGCCCGGCAAGCUCUGUUAGAGCGUGCCGGGGUCUACGUUGUAGAGGGCGACAUCAAUGAUGUCGCCCUUUUGAAGAAAUUAUUUGACAUUGUUCAAUUUAGUCAUGUUAUGCAUUUGGCUGCACAAGCUGGUGUGAGGUAUGCCAUGGAAAAUCCUGGCUCAUAUGUGCAUAGUAACAUUGCUGGUUUGGUUAAUGUUCUUGAAGUUUGCAAAAAUGCUAAUCCUCAACCUGCUAUUGUGUGGGCAUCUUCUAGUUCUGUGUAUGGCUUGAAUACUAAGGUUCCCUUUUCAGAAAAGGAUAGGACAGACCAACCUGCUAGUUUAUAUGCUGCAACUAAAAAAGCUGGUGAGGAAAUUGCUCAUACUUAUAAUCAUAUAUAUGGGCUUUCAUUAACCGGAUUGAGAUUUUUCACGGUUUAUGGACCAUGGGGUCGGCCAGACAUGGCGUACUUCUUUUUCACAAGGGAUAUUUUGAAGGGAAAGUCAAUUCCCAUUUUUGAGGCAGCUAAUCAUGGGACUGUUGCUAGAGACUUUACCUACAUUGAUGACAUAGUAAAGGGUUGUUUGGCUGCAUUGGACACUGCUGAAAAGAGUACGGGAAGUGGUGGGAAGAAGAAAGGCCCUGCUCAAUUGAGGGUGUUCAAUUUGGGCAACACUUCCCCUGUGCCGGUUUCUGAUCUUGUUAGCAUUCUGGAGAGGUUGCUAAAGGUAAAGGCUAAAAGAUCGGUGAUGAAGUUGCCAAGGAACGGUGAUGUGCAGUUUACUCAUGCAAAUAUAAGCUUUGCGAAAAGGGAGCUUGGAUAUAAGCCUACAACAGAUCUACAGACAGGAUUGAAGAAAUUCGUUCGAUGGUACCUCAGUUACUAUGGCGAUGGAAAGAAGAGCGCGCAAUGAUACAUUCUUUCAAUUAUGUGUUUCUUUCUGGAGAGGGGAAAGAAAGAACCAAUUGAAGCUGCAAAUGCAACAUAUACCUAACAAUGAUGCUUUAUUGGUAAUAGUUGCAACAUACACCAAAAAUGACAAAUUAUGAAAUCUUUUUUCUUCUGGUAGCACAAGAGAAGAGUGAUUACAGGUAUCAAUUAUCAUCAUCUUGUUAAGAAGCCAGAAGAAGUGAAAUCCCAACUCCAGCGCUUCUAUCUUUCCCCAGCUAAGUAGUUUGUAGAGGAUCAAAUGUUCAUCCUCUGCGACUUUUUAGGUUUAAUGUCUAAAAUGUGCUCCUUUUAAUUUCGGAUACUCUUCAAAAAUAAGUAAUAGCAGAAUGAAAGACAAUGUUGUAUUGAUGUGGACGAGCUUUUUUACAAUUUUUUGUUAUAUCAAAGCAGCUAACAGUAGUAUUUGUGAUA